UGUGGUGUGCGCGUUGUGGAGGAUUUUUGCGGAAACACGACGCUCCAGUGAACGUUGCUGACAAACCAAACAUCGAUACCCUCCUCCUGCGCUCUGGCUCCAUUCAUCCAUCUGCUCCUGCUCUGCUGCCAGUAAGCGAGCGAGCAAACUGCCAUCUAACGUCCCGAGCUGCUUCUUUGCUUGCCAGCGUGCCUCUUGCUCGCUCGCUCGCUCGCCGGCUUUGUUUGUUGCUUCCUUUGUGCAUGAUGUCGGUCAACGUGCUGAAGGCUUGGGGUGCGGAAGUCGCCGAGGGCGGCACGGCGAGGCGGUUGAUGCUCAGUUUGGUGGUACUUCUACUCUUGUGCUCUGCCCUCGACCUUGUCUUUGACGCCUUUGUCCCAGACGUCAUCUCAGCAUGGGUGCAGCUGCUGGUGGCGUUGGGCGGUGUCGCGUACCUUGCCUCUGACCUGCUGCGGCAACUGGAGCAGCACAAAGCCAGAUCGGAUGUCAGCCUCUUGGACCGGAUCGGCUACGAGCUCGACUUGUGGCUGUCCACCAAUUCAUCUGCAAAGCCCAUGGCGCUGAUGCUGGCGACGCUGCUCCUCAUCGUUGUUGGCGGGCCGCUGCUUGCUGUUGCCGAGCCCCAGUCCAUCUUCACAGCGUGGUGGAGUGCGUGGACGUGGAUAUCCGACCCAGGAACGCACGCUGACGUCGAUCCAGGCCUGCCGCGCCUCAUCGCGUUCGCUCUCACUGUCGGCGGCAUGCUCGUCUUUGCCCUGCUCGUCGGCAUCAUUUCGGACGAAAUAUCCGAACGCGUGGACGACCUCAAGAAAGGGCGCAGCAGUGUAAUUGAGACGGGACACAGCCUCAUCCUGGGCUGGUCAGACAAGACCCUUCCAGUCAUUCAGGAGUUGUGUCUUGCAAACGAAAGCAUGGGCGGGGGCACUAUUGUCGUCCUCUCAACGCGUGACAAGGAAGAAAUGGAGGAGCUGAUUGACGACAGCGACGUGGACAUGAAAGGAAGCAAGGUUGUCUGCCGGACGGGCUCCCCUCUCAGCUACACCGCACUCAUGAAGGUGUCGUGCACGAGUGCGCGGUCGAUCAUCUGUCUUGCAAGCAAAGAACUUUCCCCAGAUGCAAGCGAUGCGCAGCAAUUGCGCAUUGUGCUCCAGCUCAAACAGGCUCUGGAACAAUACGACCUGGCAUCCCCACACGUGGUGGUGGAGGUGUUGGAUGUGGACAAUGCCGAUGUCAUUCGAGAAGCAGACGAGCUUCGGUGUGUUCUGGUGCAAUCACACGACAUCAUUGGGCGUCUGAUGGUGACAACAACCCGCCAGCCACUCAUGGGCGCAAUCAUGGCUGAGCUGCUGAGUUUUGACGGUCCAGAGUUCUACAUGCGUGAAUGGGAAGAGCUGGUCGGGCGGCGCUUUGGUGAAAUCGUCUUCAUGUUUGACGCAGCCGUUCCUGUCGGUAUUCGCUGCGGCGGUGCGAUUUUGUUGAAUCCACCAGACAGCCGCGUCAUUCAAUCGGGAGAAGAGAUUAUCGUCGUUGCCGAAGAUGACGACACAUAUGCACCAAAGGCUGAGCGGCAAGUGCACAUUGACCACCGCAGCUUCGUUCCUUCCGCGCGAGAGACAGUGCACCGCAGCCGCAUCCUCUUCCUCAACUGGCGGCGCGAUAUGGAGCAUCUUGUCAUGCAGCUCGACGAGCAAGUCGGACCCGGCACGGUGCUGUACAUGAUGAGCGAAAAGCCGCGUGAGGAGCAGAUGUUUGCACUGCGAGAGGGCGGACUGACGCGGGAGCGCCUGCAAAACAUCACCACCAUCCAACAUAAGGAAGGCAACACGCUCAGCAGGAAGCACUUGCAGGGACUCAAGUUGGAGGAGUUUGACAACAUUCUGAUUCUGUCCAACGAGUCUGAGAGCAAACAGGAGGCAGAUUCGCGAUCGCUGGCGACGCUGCUGAUGGUGAAGAGCAUUCAGCGCGAGCGAACGGCCGGGUAUCACGGUGUUGUCGCCAGGAAGCAGCCUGCCAUCGUCGGCGAGAUUCUCGAUCCCCAAACGCAGCAGCUCGUGCGGGCGAUGUCUGGAUCUGAUUACGUCAUGAGCAACGACAUCAUCUCCAGCUACAUUGCGCAAGUGUCCGAGAACCGGUUCCUCAGCGCUGUCCUUUCUGAGCUGCUGACCAGUGUCGGCUGCGAGCUGUAUGUGCGCAGUGCCGGCCGGUAUCUCCAGCACGCGCACGAGGAGCUUUCGUUUUGGGAUCUGCAGGCCCGAACACGCCUCACCCAGGAGAUUCUCAUUGGCUUCGUUCCGGUUGGCUCAAAGGACACUGUCAUCAACCCGCCAAAGAAGGAUGCGAUGCGCAUGUGGAGUGCUGAGGACCGCGUGAUUGUGCUGGCGCGAGAUUGACUACGGAACAGAGAGCAUGGAAGGAAAUGUGCGACGUUCGUUUGUGGCUUUGAUUGGUUGAAUGUGUUACGUUCGUGCGGUUGUGGUUUGUUACUCUGGCACACUGCCCAUUCAAAUACCACGUGGCGCUUGUAUGUGGCUGUUACAGGCAUGCUCUACACAAAGCAAUAAAAAGCUAUGGUGCAAAU